UCUGGUUUUAGACACCUAAGGGAAGACUAAAAAGCAUAUCUUGUUUCUAGACGGGAGGAUAUUGUCAACGUACCGAGCGUGCGCUUUGAGAGGAAAAGCAGAAAUAUUGAUACGCGGUUUUGAGCUGACUUGGCUUGUAGUGAAAACGGGAGGUUGGUUGCAAUUAAAUAUUGAUGGGAGUCGACCUAAAUUGCCUCCGGCACACUGAUUAUUAACCUGACAAACAAGGACGCGUCAAUUCUGUGAAAAUGCCUCGGAGAAAGAGGACCACAGGCAGCAGCUCGGACGGGACGGAGGACUCUGAUUUCUCCGCCGACCUCGAGCCCGCCGAAGCCGUCGGCGCCACGCAAACACGGAACAGCACGCGUCUGACUCGCACGUCCCUUCGUCUCAGCCAAAGCACGCGAGAAAACUCCAGCACAGCACGAAGCAGUUCUCCUGCUCCAGUGGAGGCAGCAGCCUCUGCGUUUUCCACACGACGCAGGAUCACGCGUAGCCAACAGGGGGCGACAAACACCGCGGCCAAAAAAUACCCACUGCGUCAGGGCAGGUUAUCCAGCUCCGACACAGAGGGUAAUAAUGGCAUAAAGCGGGCAGCGGACCACGACGAGACCCCUCCCCGCACGCCGACCGGCAACGCCCCGUCUUCCGAGUCAGACGUUGAGACUUCCAGCCCCGGGAAUGACGUAGUCUCUUCCAGCAACGAUGUCAUAGUUUCUCAAGAGGAGGACGAGAGGUUGGCAAAGGAGCUUUCGCUUAAAGAGGCCGCUGCUCACGACCUUUCUCACAGGCCCAAACGACGACGCUUUCACGAGAGCUACAACUUCAACAUGAAGUGUCCCACGCCUGGAUGCAACUCACUGGGUCACCUGACAGGGAGACACGAGAGACACUUCUCCAUAUCAGGCUGUCCUCUUUACCACAACCUCUCAAAUGAUGAAUGCAAGGGCAAGACGCCGACUCGUGAGAAACAGACCGACGAAAGGACGCUGUCUCACCGUCAUGACGAGAAUAGAAAUUCCACGAGAAACCAGACCCCAACAGAACGUCAGCUGCGCUACAAGGAGAAGGUGACUGAGCUGAGGAAGAAGAGGAAUGCUGGCCUUAAUAAGGAGGAGAAGGACAAGUACAUGGAUCAUCUUCAGAGCCACGGGAUGAGCCGGGAGCCCCUGCUGGAGAACAUCACCAGCGACUAUGACCUGGACUUGUUCAGGAAAGCGCAGGCACGUGCCUCGGAGGACCUUGAGAAGCUUCGUCUGGCUGGCCAGGUGUCGGAGGGGAGCAACAUGAUCAAGAUCAUUGUGUUCGGACGCUAUGAACUGGACACGUGGUACCACUCGCCAUACCCGGAGGAGUAUGCCCGCUUGGGGAGGCUGUACAUGUGCGAAUUCUGCCUUAAGUAUAUGAAAAGCCAGACCAUCUUGCGCAGACAUAUGGCCAAGUGUGUUUGGAAGCAUCCUCCAGGUGAUGAAAUCUAUCGAAAAGGCAACAUUUCAGUUUUUGAGGUUGAUGGCAAGAAGAACAAGAUUUUCUGUCAGAACCUGUGUCUGCUGGCCAAACUCUUUCUCGACCACAAGACUUUGUAUUAUGAUGUUGAACCUUUCCUCUUCUACGUGAUGACUGAGGUUGACAACACAGGGUGCCAUCUCGUGGGAUAUUUCUCCAAGGAAAAAAAUUCUUUCCUAAACUACAAUGUAUCCUGUAUCCUCACCAUGCCGCAGUACAUGAGGCAGGGCUACGGCAAGAUGCUUAUAGACUUCAGUUAUCUGUUAUCGAAGGUGGAGGAGAAAGUGGGCUCACCAGAGCGACCCUUAUCCGACCUGGGCCUUAUCAGCUAUCGGAGUUACUGGAAGGAGGUGCUGCUGCGCUACCUGAACAACUUUCAGGGGAAAGAGAUCUCCAUUAAAGAGAUCAGCCAGGAGACUGCAGUGAACCCAGUGGACAUUGUCAGCACGCUGCAGUCCCUCCAGAUGCUCAAAUACUGGAAGGGGAAACACUUGGUUUUAAAACGACAGGACCUUAUUGAUGACUGGAAAGCCAAGGAGCGGAAACGUGGUAACAGCAAGACCAUCGACCCCAGCGCCUUGAAGUGGACGCCGCCUAAAGGGACGUAGGGGCGGUUCUGUUGACACUGCGGCUCAAAAAGCAGUCGCAUCCCGUUCUGCACACUGGCAAGCACACACACAAAAUAUUCACACUCGCACUGUUGUUCCAAAAGGCUUCCGGCGGCUUUUUACAAAGUCAGAUAUUGUUCCGGCUUUCGCACUCACUGUCAUUACAGCGACGACAAUAUAUUUCUCGCCUCCACGGCUUAUACUUAUUAUUGCCCCAUAUUAAGGUCUCUGGUGUUCUCCCUUGAAUGAUUGUCAGGCUGAAUAAGAAAAUGUAGCAGGCAGCAAUGUAGAAUAUAUGAAGCUUCACUGCUUAUGUGUUCAACCGCAACGUGCUCUACUAUCGAUGAGCUCUUUUCCAAAACACUAUGAAUCCAUUUGGAUUAUUCUUGAUUGAUUUACCCAGACCUGUAAAUUGCAAACGUUGUUUUAUCCUAGGAAAGUAAAUUGUAGCCUCAUUGUGAACAUGUUCAAAAUAGAAUAGUCGACACAAUGGCAAGAUGUUUUUUUUUUAGGGGGCCGCUGUUUGGUUUCAUUUUGGAAAAGAGCGCUUCAAUUACACUGUUCUCAAGGCAGUACAAUGCAGGUAGAAAUAAAAAAAAUUCUCAAUCAUCGUAAGUAUGACCUGAACUCAAGCCCGAAAAUACUUGAAAAUCAUUGAAACACAAUUCCCACCUUGGUUCUUGGUCUUUAUUGAAAAAGACUCACCCAAAAAUUGGCCAGAUUUAUGUCGAGAGAAUGUACAUGCAGGAACUAUAAAAUAAACGACAGUACUCACUUUUGUUCUGCAGUUGUGUCACAAAUUAUGCAUGCCAGGUAUUUAAUCUAUCACACCUGCAAACUCUAGCUGCCAUUGGCCUAAUUCGGACCUUGUCCCACAUGAAGAUCUUUGAUUGAAGAAGGGACCUGCUUUGAUUUGUUUAUGUUCCUCUGUGUCGACAGGGCAUAUGUGAGGAUCUCAGUUGUUUUCCCUCAAAGUUCUCAAUAUUUAAUAAUGUUCUACCUCUAUGGUUUCGCCACUGUAUAAAUGUGAGAAUAUUCCAUUUUAAGACUUUUCAUCCUGUUUGUUACUGUGUGAAAAAAAUCUUGUGUACAGCAUUUCAUGAAAGAAAAUGUUUUAUUUAUGUUUUAACAAUGUGCGAAGUGUAGAAAAACAUGGUCAGUUACAGGAUGCUUCCACACGAAUGGAAAUAUUGAUGUAAAAAUACAUUUAGAUUGGGAAUUGCUCGAAAGCUAAGGUAGGGACAUCAUUUACAUUGACAUCUUUAGUCAUUUUAUCUCUGAUCCCCUAAGUCUGGAUUUACACUGCAGGUCCAAUUGCAAAAGAAAACCUAUCCAAUUAUUUUUCUCUUCACAUUUUUAUUUUGAGCGAAAAGCUUGCAUUAUCGAAGUAUAUCCGAGCUGCGCAUUUAUGUUGCACUUGUAUUGGCAGCUAUUCCGAUCCAUAAUGGCUUUUUAUCUCCGUUUGAAAGAGGCUUGUCGAUAGCUCCUUACAUGUUGUUUUUGUCGUUUCCACUGCCGUGACGCAUAUCCGAAUUGUGCCACUUGAGAGCCCAAAAAGCGGAAGCAUCCAUCCGUGGCAGUGUAAAUCCAGUCAGACUUCACUGUGGCCCAAAUUCACAGCUUGGCACUUUCCUGUUGCUGUUGAUGCAAGAUGGUGGGACUGAAACAAGGAAACUGUUGAGAAGUUUUUUCUGUCAACACUUUUGUAUUUUUGUCUUUAUUUGACUCACACUGCACACAUUUCACUGAUUUUGCAUGAACGUACAGUAUACGUGAGGGCGAUUCGGAAAAGGCUUUUUGAGUGUUUUAUUAAGACAAGCAAGCAGUUAGCGGAAUGUCUUAGUUUAGCUCAUCUCGGUUUAGCAUAUUUGGAGUUGUCGGUUUCUUCGCAAAUGCUUCUGGCAAAUAAGCUGUUUGGGGGUAUAGCCAACUCCUUGGUUGAAUAGCAAACUCUUGUACGAAUGACAAAAUUUAGAUACGCCAUCUGUACAUCAUUUAUUCUCUGAGCUGCUAUGGCCUCUGUUUCCAGUACUUGAGCCAGCAUUUAGCAGUACUUUGCAUUGUCUAAGCAUCUGUUUUGCUCCUUCAAAUGUAUUUUGUUUGUGUAUUUUGCUGCUUCUUUUUUUUUU